AGAGGAUCAAAGUUGAAAAAAAGUAAAUUAGGGUUUGAUUGUGCAGAGGCAGCGCAGGGAUGGCGAAGUUUAAUGUGGUUCAGAAAAGAAGAAGAGCUCUCGUUGCUGAGAAGAAGAGACAGAUUCACGGUGACCCUACCACCGGCAGGCUUAAGAUCAGGCAGCAACCCGUGUCUAUAUCCGGAAAGCGCAAGCGCAAGCUUUUCAAAAAAUGGCGUCGAGAACAAAAGGACGCAUUACAGAAUGGUCUCGUGAGCAUGGAAGAUGUGCAAAUGGCUGUUGCAGAAGGGGAAAUCAAAGAUAGCAGUCGCACUACAUCUUCAACAAAAAUUCACUUGAAAAAGGGCUUGAAACUUAAACAGCUCAAGCGUAAAGGGAAGAAUAAAAGAAUAUCUGAUGCACCUGCUGCUGAAAUUUCGGCUGAUGCAAUGGUAGAAUAGUAUUCUUCACCUUCUCCUUGGUAGGUAGGAGGGUAGAAGAGGCAAAUAUGAGAUGAGAUAAUGUUGUAACCUUGAAUUGAGUGAUUGGUAGGCUGUCUAGUUAUUUUAAUUGUAACUUUUUUUUUGGUAAAAGAAUGGAAACUUUGGUUUAACAGUUUGAGUUGUUGUCAAGUUUUUAGAAGGAAGGUAAUGGAUACGAGCAAUUAACCUCUUGCAAAUGUAAGAUGGAGUGAUAUAUGAUGGAUCCAAACCUUUCUGUGGGAGUUUUAUAGCAUCAGCUUAUAUUUGUCCUUUAAUUUAUAGCACCAGUUAUGAAUUCUGAUUACAUAAAAUAAAAUUUCUGGAUAGAUAUGUGAUA